UUCUGUGACUUUUGCCAAUGUGCUUUCCCAGAUAACCCUACUAAUCGCAAAAAUCACAUGGAGGGAACUGCUCAUGUAAAUAAUCGUAAACUUCAUUACGACUGGUUUAAACAUCCUCAAGUCUUUUUGCAAGAACAAAUUGAUAAACCGCCCUGUAAAUAUUAUCAGCAAAGAGGCCAUUGUGAAUUUGGACUGCUCUGCAGGUUCAGUCAUAUCACGUAUGACGCUUAUGACGGACAUAUUAUCUAUUCACCAGAAUUAAUUCAAUGGAAAAAUAUGAGCGAUAAGGAAAGAAGACGACGCCAACGAUAUAAAUUACCAACAGGAUGGAAAGUAAAAGAUCUACCGCCUUCAUUGAAACCCCCACCAUCUAAAAAAGGCUAUGACUGGGAGAAUGUAGGAGCAUGGUCUUGA